CUAACCUAACUUUAUCAGGUGUUUUGACAGUUCUGUGUCACUGUAUUUUGCUGUGUUUUGCCUUACAAGAAUAACUUUCUGUUAUUAUUUAUUUUAGUGACAACUUACUUUUGAGACUAGUGUGGAUAUAAAAAGGCAAUCGUGGCUAUGCACACAAGUUCAAACUUACGGUCACUUCGCCAAAUAUCUAAACAUAUACCAAAACCUACGUCCUCGGAAGUGUUAAGUUGUUAUUUAAAACAAUGUGAAGAACCACCGUGGACUUCUUAUUUUGUGAAGUAUAGCAGUGUUAAUGAUGAUCAAUGGGGAAAAUCACAUUUUAACUGGAGAGUUGGAAAUUCUAAUUAUCAUAUUUUAAGAACUGGAUGCUUUCCCUAUAUUAAAUACCAUUGUUCCAAAAGGCCCGAGCAAAAUUUAGUGGUCGAGGAUUACUUUUUUAGAUGCAUUAAAGUAUUAAAUUUAGGCAUUCCUUGUCUGGCAUACGGUAUUGCAGCUAUAUUUUUAAUCAAGCAUCACGAGAGCGUAGUUACGUCAAAAGGAAAUGUUAAAAUUUAUUUUCUUUAUCCCGAAGAUAAAGGUGCACAAUAUUAACAUUACAGAUAUUACAAAAUGAGUAUGUUAUGUAGUUUUUAACAUGGUACUUGUAUUUUUAUGUAGCAAUAAAUUAUUUAAGUUAAAUUAA